AUGAGUCGGUUACAGGACGCCGCGUAUGUCUUUGGCCGUGGCACUGCCGCCGGCGACGCCAUUUACCGCUGCUACGCGAGGCCGACGAAGGAAAGUACGCUCGACCCGGAGCUCCUCGCAAGGCUGCAAAAGAUGAGGUUAGAACGAGAGGCGGCGGAGGCGGCGAUGUUUCAUCCAAAGCCUGUGCCGAAGUCGAAGGCGAUGAUUAAUCGCCCCCGCGUGGGUUUGCGUCAGCGCAUGACGGAGGAGGAGGUCGCCAAGAGACGCCUCGAGGCGCUUCCUCGCAAGAAGAGGGAGGAGCACAUCCUGCGGGAGGUGCGGGCGCGCCGUCCGCCAUCGCCGCCGGUGUACCCGCGGCCCCCGGUCACCUUGGCGGAAAAGGAGCGCCUCGGGCAGAUAUUUCAAUUUGGAGAGCAGCCGGCCAAGCCGUCGGAGUUCACCGGGGCAAAUCGGGUGCGGUACGCUCUGAUCGAUCAACGUUUCCGACUCAAGGAUCGCUUUGGUACGCUACAACGGCAGGUCGAAGCUCUGCGUGCGGAGCUCCGAAGGGUGCAACAGCAGUUGCACGAUUCCGCGGUGCCCGACAAAGCUAGCGAAUCGAAGGACACUUCAAAUGCGUACAUUGCGUCUGGGGCAGAAAUUAGACCGUCUUUUCACAGGCGUGACCCACUCAAGGCGAUGGAGCGGCGAAUACAAGAGAAGGAGCUGACGGACGCCAUCGGGGACGCCGUGCGGGAGAUGAAGAUCAUAGAUGCUGAUCUGCGACAGUUGGACGAGAAUGAGGCAAAGCGGUACAAUUUGGAGCCGUGA